AUGAAAAUGAGGAGGAUGACCUCCUCUAGAAUUCCUUCCAGCAGAAUCGAUGAUGAAGCUGCUGCUGCUGAUUAUGAUGAUGAUGAUGGCGAAGAUUUUUAUGAUGACGAUGAUUGUGAUGACGACGACGAUGAUGACGUCGAUGAUGACGACAGCUGUGAUGACACUUACACGGGGGAGGGCUACAAAUGUAAAUCUGCGGCACGUACAAGGAAGAAAGUCUUUGCGUCAAAAAGGCAGAGUGCUGCCAAGAUUAAUGAUAAACAUGAUAAGGACUGCAAUGAUGGCGAUGAGGCUGCUGAUGAUGACGACGAUGAUGAAACUGCAAGUUAUAAUGACAUCUGUGAUGAUAUAGAUGGUUUCAACGAAGCCGCGGGGCAGACCACUAACUCCAAGUCAUCUGCCAUCAAUGAUGUCUCUAAAGAUGAUGAUGACAGAGAUAUUAUGGAUAAUAAUGGAGAUAGGAGGGGCAGGUCUAAUGACACGGCGGCUGAACUUUUGGAAAGCAACGUGAAUGUCGUGGAAUGUAAAUCUUCAAUUGUGGUGGAACAUGGAGUGAAGCGGGAGUCUGCUACUGCUGCUGCUGCUGCUGCUGCUUCUCUUAAUGUUGCUUCCGCUGGCAAUGUUGCAGCUACUGGGACUGUAAAAAGAAAAAUGGAAAGAAAAAAGUCUCUAGGGAAACGUGACCCGAUGGAGGAAGAUAAGUUUGAGGGCGGUGGUGGUUUCGUUUGUGAUGUUCCUGUCCUUCCUUUUUCUUACCAUUGUCGCGACGUUCACGUGAUAAAGAAGCAAAAAAUAACCGUAAAUGAUAAAGAAAUGAAGUCUGCCUACAAAGAUACUGCAACCUCGUCUUCCGCUAAGAAGAUGACGUCAUCGGUCAAUGAAUAUUCACCUCCAGCUGUUGAGACCAAGAAAAAGAAUAAAUCAACUGCAAAAUCUGCCAACAGAAAUUUUAACACUCAGGAGGUUGUGACGUCAUCACCUGGUUUGAAACAAUCAUCGGCAAGCAAGUACAAACGUAAGACGCCAAUCAGUAAGGCAGCAAAAUCACCAACAUCAGGCACCACAUUUGCAGCUGCUGAGUCAGCGACAACGGAAUCAAUCUCCAAGGUGACGUGCACAACUUCAAACAUUUUUGCUUCAGCUGCAGCAACGACAACAACAUCAGCAACAACUACAUUACCAACAUUAACAACAACAGCUUCAACUCCAGCCACAAACACGUUCAGCAAGAAGCAAACUGCAACAGCUGUAUCGUUCCUCAGCUCGUUUGCAACUUUCUUGCAGCAGCAGAAGAGGAGUGACAACAACAACGCCAACAGUAGUAGCAGUAGUAGUAGUUGUCGUGGCACUCAUUCAUUGUCGUCAUCCAGUAAUGUCACCACAUCUCACGAUGUCAUAACCAACAACAUCAACAACUUUACCUACAACAACAAUAAUAAUAACAACAACAGUACCUACAACAAUAACAACAACAGCAACAACACUACCUACAACAACAACAGGAACAAUAAUAACAACAACAGUAAAAUUAUUAACAGCUAUGUUAUCAAAAACAUUUCAACUAUUACAAAUACUAAUAGUUCUGCUAAUAAAAUCAAUAACCCCGUCGUUAAUAAAAAUAAUAAUGAUAAUAUCACGGUAAUUGUCGACCAUGGAAAGGGCUCAACUUCAAACUUGCAAAAGGAGAGUAAGGACGUAAAAAAUGUCUUCUCCCUGCUUGCCGCCCCAUCACCAUCUUCAUCUUCUUCAUCAUUUGCUUCUAACUUAUUCUUCAUUCCCAACGCCAAUCUCUCGUUGCUGUCGUCACCAUCGUCAUCAUCUUCAGUAGGUUUGGUGUCAUUUUCGUCAUCACCAUUAUCGUUGUCGCUACCCACUCCGCCGCUAUUCAGCUCCCCAAAAAAGACGACGUCGUCGUUGUCGUCAACAUCACCAUCAGUGACGUCACCGUCGCUACCACCACCAUCAUCGUCGUCGUCGUCAUCAAUUUAUUUGAAGCCAUCGCUUUUAGGUAAAAUAGCCAAAUAGAUGGAUGAAUAUAAAUAAUGCUGUUUACAUACUACUGCAUAGUAUAUAAUAUAUAAUAUAAUGCUAUAUAAUAUAAUAGUAUACAAUAUAUAAUAUAAUACUACAUAGUGAAUAAUACUAAGUCCGGCCCAUAUCUGACGGAGACUAUAAGUUAUAAGCGAGGAUUGAUUGAUUGAUUGAUUGAUUGAUUGAUUGAUUGAUUGAUUGAUUGAUUGAUUGAUUGAUUGAUUGAUAGUGUGUAAUACUGGCUACUGAUAUUAAUACUACUAGU